AUGGCUCUGCUAAUGCAGAGUGAGCAGGGAGCCUUCCAGAUUCCUCAGCUUUGCUUUCCUCCUGGUGUAAGCUCAGUAAAAAUUGCUUUGAGACUGCUUGUCACCAACCUGGUUUUCAGAGGUAGUAAAGAUUGUGGAGAUGUUGGUAAUGGGGUACUAGAGGAAUUUUCUUUGAACUUUGGGCCAAGAAGAUACUACCUGGCUCAUGGAGUAGAAGCUGAGGAGGCCGUUUCUGAACAAUGUGUUUCUGUAGAACAAGUGACAGAAGACAGGAAUCCAAAGCUGGAGCCAGCUAUCCUGAAGCCUCUGUCUUCUGAUACAAGCGUCCUGGUGGAGAAAGAUGUUUUGUACUUGGCUGACAAUAUGUUAAUGUGCAGAGAGGUUGAGAAGGCUUUCCUAGGCAGCUUAGGCUUUCCCCAGCACCAGCCCUCCCAUGAUGGAGAGCAUCCACGUAGAAGCAGGCAGAGAAGGGAGGUCUCUCACCCUGGGCAAGAGCAUCACAAGUGCAGUGAAUGUGGCAAAGCCUUCAGUAAAAAGUUUAAAUUCACAGAGCACCUGAGAGUUCACACUGGAGAAAAACCUUAUGAGUGCAGUGACUGUGGGAAGUUCUUUAGACACAGCUCCAGUCUUAUUCAUCAUCAGAAAGUUCACACAGGAGAAAGACCAUAUGAGUGUAAUGAAUGUGGGAAAGCCUUCCUUCGCAAGGAUUCACUUGUUCAGCACCAAAAAAUCCACACUGGAGAAAAUCCUCAUAAAUGUGGUGAAUGUGGAAAGUGCUUCCUGAACAAAAAUAACCUUCUUGUGCACCAGAGGGUCCACAGUGGAGAAAGGCCUUAUGGGUGUAGCAAAUGUGGAAAGUCCUUUGUCUUCAAAAAAAAGCUUCUUUAUCACCAGCGAAUCCACACUGGAGAAAGGCCUUACAUGUGCAGUGAAUGUGGGAAAGCCUAUGUCUACAAAGGAAGUCUUAUUAAUCACCAGAGAAUCCAUACUGGAGAAAGACCCUAUAAGUGUAAUGAACGUGAGAAAGCCUUCAUGCGCAAGUAUACACUUGUUCAGCACCAAAAAGUCCACACUGGAGUAAAGCCUUUUAAAUGCAGUGAAUGUGGGAAGCCCUUCACUUACAAAACAAGUCUUGUUGUCCAUCAGAGAAUCCACACUAGAGAAAGGCCUUAUAUGUGCAGUGAAUGUGGGGAAGUCUUUGUCUACAGAAGAAGUCUUGUUGUCCAUCAGAGAAUCCACACUAGAGAAAAGCCUUAUGUAUGUACUUCUUUGUAG